GCGCGGCGAGCGGAUGGACGCCGUUGAAGGCAGCAUUGUUGGACGUCACUUUCUCGUGGAAGUGCAGCUUCGCUGCGGUGGUGAUGGGUCUGCCCAGCGUCCUUGUUUCCAGGACGGCCACACUCGUGUCAUCACAGGAUGUCUCAAUAGCGAGCGUCACCAGACGCGGUUGCGAUGGAACGGCGAAGGUUGGGCGGAAGACGCCAUGGGCUGCAGGCAGGUGUAUGCGCAUCAGCUCACAUGCGCGGAUGGUCGGUCGAUGUGACGGCGGACGAGGCGACUGUGCAUGUGCUGCAGUCUCGGAGCAGACGCGUGAAAGUGGUGUGGACCCUGAGCGUCGGCGAAGGCACGAGCGCCGGCUGGGUAGGUACCACCGGUGACGUCGUCCCUCACCAACGGCGCGAGGGACCAAUGCCCAACCCUCGCCGCACCGCAGAAACGACGCGCGACGACGAUGCAGCCCCCGCCACCUAGCUAGUCCCAUGGCUGACUACAAGAAAGAGACCGACGGGCCUCAGCCCGACUCUGCCGACGGCUUUGACACGGCCCUCCUGCCCGACUUCGACGACGACUUCGUAGACGAGGAGGACUUCGCCGAAUUUGCGAGAGCGCUGCAGGCCCCCGAAACAUCGCCAUCCACCGAAGACCUUACGGCACCCCAGCCCGAGCCCCAAAGAUUCAUCACAGCGCUCAACGACUGGAGACCCAUCCACCAGCGGGUGAGGAAGCGAAAGAAACACAACAAGAAGCCCCCGCGCCGCGGCAAGGAUGAGACACGCGAGGGCAUCUUCUACGAGGUGCUCAAAUACCCGCUGCUUCUCGUCGUCUUUGGCUGGCUUGCCUUCCUGAGCAUCGCCUACGUCCUCACGCGUUUCUACAUCUAUGCCUACGAACGGUCCGUCACAUGGCGCGGACGGCGCCAGCGCUUGCGACGCGAACUGCAGAAUGCCAAGUCGUACGAGGAUUGGAUAAAGGGCGCCAAAGAGCUGGACGCAUAUCUGGGCAACGAUGCUUGGAAAGAAAAGGCAGACUACGCAUAUUACGACAGCAAGACAAUAUCCAGAGUCCAUCAGCAAAUGGUAAGGCUGCGGCAGAAGGCCGAGGCCGAGGAGAAGGGAGGAACAAACGAGACAAAGGCCGCAGAAGAGCUGCGCAACCUGCUAGAGGCCUGCAUCAAGAACAACUUCGCCGGAAUGGAGAACCCCCGUCUGUGGUCCGAGUCGUACUAUGGGACCAAGAAUCUUCUUCAAGACUUCACCGACGAGGCGGAGAAGUCGCUAUCUUUUCUUCUCAAAUCAUCCCAGCUCAACCAGGAAAACAAAAGGGCCAUGUUCAAGCAUUUGAGCACCAACUUCGGACGCACCGCCUUGUGUCUUUCAGGCGGUGCAACCUUCGCUUACUACCAUUUUGGUGUAGCGAAAGCUCUUUUGGAUGCAGGGCUCCUGCCCGAAGUCAUCACAGGGACCUCGGGAGGAGCACUUGUCGCAGGUCUGUUGGGUACGAGGACCAAUGAUGAGCUGAAGAAGCUGCUUGUCCCUGCUCUGGCAAACCGCAUCACAGCAUGUCACGACAGCUUUUGGGUCUGGUUCAAGAGAUGGCGUCAAACGGGGGCCCGCUUUGAUAGCGUCGAUUGGGCGAAGCGUUGUGCGUGGUUCACCAGAGGAAGCAUGACCUUUAAGGAAGCAUACCAGAGGACGGGUCGCAUACUCAACGUUUCCUGCGUUCCGAGUGACCCACACUCGCCCACGAUUCUCGCAAACUACCUGACAGCACCGGAUUGUGUGAUUUGGUCAGCAGUGCUUGCCAGCGCAGCAGUGCCCGGUAUUCUCAAUCCUGUCGUAUUGAUGAAGAAGAACAAGGACGGCACCCUGGCACCUUACUCUUUUGGACACAAGUGGAAAGAUGGCAGUUUGCGGACGGAUAUUCCUCUAAAGGCGCUCAAUUUACACUUCAAUGUCCGCUUCUCCAUCGUCAGUCAGGUGAACCCCCACAUCAACAUUUUCUUUUUCUCGUCACGUGGUACCGUUGGCCGGCCAGUCACGCAUCGAAGAGGACGUGGUUGGCGUGGCGGUUUCAUAGGAUCUGCUCUCGAGCAAUACAUCAAGCUUGACCUCCACAAAUGGUUAAAGGUGCUGCGUCACCUGGAGUUGCUGCCCCGCCCACUUGGACAAGACUGGAGCGAGAUCUGGCUGCAACGCUUCAGUGGUACCAUCACCAUUUGGCCAAAGACCAUUCCGUCGGACUUUAUGUACAUCUUAACUGACCCUACGCCUGAGCGCCUGGCGCGCAUGAUACAUGUCGGCCAGCAAUGCACGUUUCCAACGCUCAAGUUUGUCGCUAAUCGCGCAAAAUUGGAGCACGUUAUCCAACAAGGUCGCCGGCAGUUCCGUCCCAGAAGCGGCCAUGAUGGUGGCUUUGUAUCAGUCCUCUCCGAAGAUGACCUCCAAAGCCUCCUCAAGCGCUCACAGAAAGACCCGUCAGGAAACGUCGCACCAUACCCCCUCUCCGGCUCUGAAUCCUCUUCCAGCGCCGCGCCCUCGCGCCCGGGCACGCCCGUCGACCUCCCCCUCGGUUUUUCUUUCUCGACCAAGCAGAAGCAAGCGCCGCCACACCUAGAUACCAAGACGGAUCCGAGCUCAGGAAACCCCGCGAUACCCGGAAGUCCAUCCCUCGGCAAGCGCCUCUCGGGCUGGUGGUCUUCCCUCUCCCCCCGAGACGUCAACGCACCGAGUUCUCCCUCGUCUUCCAGAUUGCGUUCCGGUCCCCGCAACAAGCGCUCCAUCUCCCCGCCCGCGCCCUCGCCGCACGCCAAUUUCCGUCCUAACUCGAUGAUCGAGCUUCGCCCGUCGCAGCACGUACUGCGGCCCUCCGGCUCCUCGUCGCCCAGUCGGAGCGGCAGUCUCCUCAAGGAGAUCCGGAGACAGAGUCGCGUUUUUGUAGAUGACGAUUCUGACGAUGGUGGGGCUUUGGCUGAUUUUGGCGAUGCUGGGAAGCGGUACGAUGGUGGCGGGGAUGAGGCAGGCGAUGAUCCAGGGCUGGAAGAUUAUGUGGGCGACGAUGAGGAUGAGGGCGAGCAUGAGGGUGAGGUGCAGAGUGUUGGGGUGGGGUUGGGGCUUCAGGGGUAAGCAGUGGGCUUGUCGGAUGUGAACUCUUCGAUGGUUGGAUUGUAUUGUUACUGUUUUUUUUUUAGCGGGUUUGGCAUAGCAAUGGAGAACGCAUUUGGCGAGGGAACGAAACGAGACUGAGAAACUUUUUGCAAUAUUCGCUACCGUGGGUAUCUAGAGUGCCAGAAUAUUCCAUAGACAACACCGACGCGCCUU